AUGGCGUGCGUUUCAGUACCGGCGGCCACGGCGGAGAUGGAGCGCGCCUUCUCUCAUCUCCGCCCGGGCUUUAGGUUCCAUCCCACCUGCAUUUCAUUCUCACCCAGCACAGGCGACCCUGGGGCCAAAGUUGAGUGGUACUUGUUCGCGCCGAGGGGACGGAAGUACCCAACCGGGCUUCGCAUGGAGCGGGCGACGCUCAGAGGGUUCUGGAAGUCAACCGGGAAGGACCGCCCCGUCAUGCACAACGGUAUCGUCAUCGGCAUGAAGAAGACGCUUGUGUUCCACAUCAGCAAAGCGCCUAGCGGCACACGGACCGACUGGGUCAUGCAUGAGUACCGUCUCCACGGCCACCACAUCCAGGACACAUACGCGUUGUGUCGGGUCUUCAACAAGAACAUGGCGUCCCCGUCGACGAAUGCGUCCGGUGAUGUCGACACAGAUGAGGAUCUAAUGCAAUUCAUGCCCGGUGUCAUCGACAUAGGCAAGGAUCCGAUGGAGUAUGUGCGUGGCGAUGCCGACUCGGGCCAGGAUCCGAAGCAUUUCGUGCUUGGUGGUGUCGAGACGGACAUGGAUCUCAUGCAGUCUAUGCUCGACGGAAUCGGGACAGGCAAGGAUCCCAUACAAUUCCAGGCUGAGUCCGAGGAUAUGAUGCAGUUCGCGUUCGGUGGCAUGGGCACAUACCAGAACCCCAUACAGAUCGAGUCCGAGGUCAAUGGUGUUGACACUGACGAGGGAGAGAAGCAGUUCCUCACCGAUGGUGACGACACGGGCAAUGGAGAGAUGCAGAUUCUCACUGAUGGGGCCAACAAGGACCAAGAAGCGAUGCAGCCUAUGACCGGCGGCACCAGCGUGGAUGGGGACAAUUCUGGACACUCCUGGUACACCAAUUACCUCGCAGAAGAGAAUAACUCAUGGAUGCAGUCCCCUUUCGACGACUUCUUGUACACUAGCUAG